AUGAUCAGUACCUCUACGACGUCUGGCCCGUCUGCGCGAUUGGGAGGAGUGCACUGGCACAACGUCACUGCUCUCUCGCACCUCGCCGCUGUGCUGGCCAACCCGCCGCCGCGCAGGGGUCGAUACCUGUGCACGCUGGGUCGGAUCAAAAGUGUCGAGACCGUGGAGUGCCAACACGGCUUAGGGAUCGCGCUCGACCUCGAAGAUACCGUUGGCACUCAGUGGCACCUUUCCUUCCGUCGUGCUGCGCACCAUGCGUGGAUCAAACCGAUCCUGCCCGACCUGGCCAUCGAUCACAUCGCCUUCUUGCAGAUCUACAUCCCACCCCGACCCCGCCACCGUCACCGCACGGGGGAUGAUGAAGAGGUCGAGCCGCAGUUGGUCUUCAUGGUCGCUCUCGCCCUGUCCGAGUUGGAUAGCAACGAGAGGCGGCUACUCCGCAAGGUCGACCGAUACGCCCGCAAGCUGGCCAGGAUCCAGCGCAAGGCGCCCAAUCUCGUCGACUAUGAUAGGUGGCUGGGCCUGCUUCAGUACAGCUGCAGGGAGUGGCGCGAGAGGAUGUAG